CCGCCCCUUCCCGGCGUGAGGGGGAGGCGGCCGCGGCCCCGCAGCUGCAGCCAUGGCGCUGGUCACCCUGCAGCGCUCGCCGACCCCCAGCGCCGCCUCCUCGGCCAGCACGAGCGAGGCGGAGGCCGGCAGUGAUGAAGAGCGUAGACUAAAUGUGAGCCUCAGCGAGAGCUUUUUCAUGGUGAAAGGUGCAGCCCUUUUCUUACAGCAAGGAAACAGCUCCCAGGGCCAGCGAAGCCUCCAGCAUCCCCACAAACAUGCAGGUGACUUGCCCCAGCACCUCCAGGUGAUGAUCAACCUCCUGCGCUGCGAGGACAGGAUCAAACUGGCCGUGCGUUUGGAGAGCGUGUGGACCGACCGCGUGCGCUACAUGGUGGUGGUGUACAGCAGCGGGCGGCAGGACACCGAGGAGAACAUCCUGCUGGGAGUGGACUUCUCCAGCAAGGAGAGUAAAAGCUGCACUAUAGGAAUGGUUCUUCGCCUCUGGAGUGAUACUAAAAUCCAUCUGGAUGGGGAUGGUGGCUUCAGCGUGAGCACUGCAGGGAGGAUGCACAUCUUCAAACCUGUGUCAGUGCAAGCCAUGUGGUCUGCUCUGCAGAUCCUCCACAAAGCCUGUGAAGUUGCCAGGAGGUACAACUACUUCCCAGGAGGGGUGGCCUUGGUGUGGGCCACCUACUACGAGAGCUGCAUCAGCUCAGACCAGAGCUGCAUCAACGAGUGGAACGCCAUGCAGGACCUGGAGUCCACCCGCCCCGACUCCCCAGCCCUCUUUGUUGACAAGCCCACAGAAAGGGAGCGAACGGAGCGGCUCAUUAAAGCCAAGCUCCGGAGCAUCAUGACCAGCAAGGACCUGGAAAAUGUGACUUCCAAGGAGAUCCGAAACGAGCUGGAGAAACACAUGAACUGCAACUUGAAGGAAUUCAAGGAAUUUAUAGACAAUGAAAUGCUACUGAUCCUGGGCCAGAUGGACAAACCAUCCCUGAUUUUUGAUCAUUUGUACCUGGGCUCCGAGUGGAACGCGUCCAACCUGGAGGAGCUGCAGGGCUCGGGCAUUGACUACAUCCUGAACGUCACCCGGGAAAUCGACAACUUCUUCCCAGGCCUGUUCGCGUACCACAACAUCCGCGUGUACGACGAGGAGACCACGGACCUGCUGGCACACUGGAACGAGGCUUAUCACUUCAUCAACAAGGCCAAGAAGAACCACUCCAAGUGCCUGGUGCACUGCAAGAUGGGCGUGAGCCGCUCGGCAUCCACCGUGAUCGCCUACGCCAUGAAGGAGUUUGGCUGGUCCCUGGAGAAGGCCUACAACUACGUCAAGCAGAAGCGCAGCAUCACACGGCCCAACGCCGGCUUCAUGCGGCAGCUGCUGGAGUACGAGGGCAUUUUGGAUGCCAGCAAACAGCGCCACAAUAAACUGUGGAAGCAGCAGGCAGAGAGCAACCUGCCCCAGAGCACCGACGGCACCACGGGGUCAGGAGAUUUCUUACUGGAGAGCUUGGACAUCGACCUGGAAAACCGCCUGGCUGACCUGGACAUGCCUUCCCAGUCUGCCUACCUGGACAACCGAGCCGGCUCCGAGGGCUUCGGUUACUGCUUCCGCCGCCUGUCGGACACGCUGCUGGAGAACAAGAUUCCUGGGGACAGGGAGGGCUUCUUCCACAUGGAGCAGCUGGAGCGGGAUGCCCUGGUGGGACAGCCUCCAUCUGCACCACCCCAGGGGAGGCUGCUGGAGAUGGAAAAGGCCCCGGAGAGAGCGGAGCCACUGGCGGAGCUGGGCGGCUUCUGUGAGAAAGAGGCAAAGAAGAAACGGGACUUCAGCCCGAGGAAGGGAAGGAUGGUCCUUGGGGAGCCAGGGGAGGAUGGUGUCAGGGAGGAAAAUCCCAUGGAAAAGUGGAAGCGGCGUUUGUCCAUGCACAAGGAGGAGAGCAGGCUCAAUAGGGAGAACUUGAAUAACAACAACAGCAAAAGGAGUUGCCCAGAGGAUUUUGAGCACGAUGCCGUGUUUGGGAUCCUCAGCAAGGUGAAGCCUUCCUACCAGUCCUGCACUGAGUGCAUGUAUUCCUCAGCGGGGCUGUCCCCUGACUCCUUCGGGGAGCAGUGCGAGAGGCUCGGCGCCAGCGCCGCGCGGCGCAGCAGCACCAUCUGCACCCAGCCCCCCCUCCUGUCCCACCUGCACUCCCACCUGAUGGAGCACCUGCCCAGCAGGGCACCCCCCGAGGAGCCAGGCAGAACUAAACAUAACGAGGCUCCGCUCCCCCUGGCACCAGGAGCCGGGGCUGUGGAGGUUGGCACGUGCAGGUCACUGGAUCAGCACUGCGGCCUUCUGGAGAGAGGGAAAGAUGCGCCAAAAACCCCCGAAAAAACUCUGCUGCCCAGGAGAAACUCCCACUGUGACAGGAGCCUCCUUCACGCAGAGAUGGUGAGGGAAGAGUCUCUGGCCAGAAAGGACCCCAGACCUACCAAGGACCUGAAGUACCUGUUGUUCAGCAAGGACUUGGAAAAGCCGAGCGCCAGCAGUUACUUGAUGCAGCACCAGGAGUCGCUGCUCCAGCUGCAGAAAGCAGGGUUGGUCAGGAAGCACACCAAAGAGCUGGAGCGCCUCAAGAGCCUGCCCUCGGAUGCCUCGGUGCUGCUCCGGGACAGCCCCCUGGGCAGGGUUGACUCCAGCAUCGUGGAGGAAAGCGAGGACUUGAUGUCCCAUCCCAGCCUUGUGCCUCUCCUGGCACCGGCCCCACUGGUGCCCGGAGACGCCGAGAACGACGUGGAGAAGCUGGGGGUGAAGCGUGUCCUGGAGGGGAUCUCCCAGAAAACCUCCACGCCGGCCGGGUGCCGCCUGGAGCACACGAGCAGCUUCACCAAGGACUUCCUGAAGACCAUCUGCUACACCCCCUCCUCCUCCCGCAGCUCCAACCUGACGCGGAGCUCCAGCAGCGACAGCAUCCACAGCGUGCGGGGCAAGCCCGGGCUGGUGAAGCAGCGCACGCAGGAGAUCGAGACCAGGCUGCGCCUGGCCGGCCUCACCGUGUCCUCGCCCCUGAAAAGAUCCAAUUCCCUCGCCAAGCUGGGAUGUCUUAACCUGUCCUCCGAGGACCUGUCGAGUGACGUGGACGUGGCCACCAUCACGGACUCCAGGGAGGCCGUGUCCAGCGAGGGCUCCGUGCUCUGUGAGCCGCCGCUGAGGGGCGCGGACGGCGCCUCCAAAGCAGGGGCGAAGCCUCUGGCUGGGAACUUGAAGAACACGCUUUGGAUGGGCAAAAGUUGAUGCCUUGCAGGGCGAGGAGGGGGCUGGAGCAUUUUGGGGGUUUGCAGCAUUUAUUCAUUGCACCAGUGCUGUUUUAUCAUCUGACUUCAGCAGCUCAUCUGGUGCCACCUCCUCGUCCCCUCUUUGUGCUCCAAGAGAGGAGGAAAGAACCACAGUGGGUCACAAUGAAGGGCACAAGGGAAAUAAAUCGUGUUGCAUGGCUUAGAGGAGGACUUGGUGUGUGACUUGCCUGUUGUCCUGCAGGAUACUCUUCCUAGUACUGUUUGCCAAGUGUAAUAAUGUGGAUGUGUGUGUUGUUAUGGAUAGAUAUUUGUAUCUCUAUCUAUAUCUAAAAUGCUGAAAUAUUCUGUUUCGAAGACUGAAAAUAAUUAUUCAUGACUUUUUUUUACAGAACAAACACAAGUCUCUAUUUAAACAGGGCACUUGUGGAAAAUCCUUAAAAUGGUGACACGCACACUACCUCUGUUCUUGCUGGCUUUUUGUCCUGGUUUAUUGUUUGGAGCUUUUAUCCAAAAGGCUUUUUCCAGAAUUCUUGCUGUUGUUUGAAGGAAUUCCCUUAGCUGUAAAGGCCUGGAGGGAGUGUGGACACUGAGGCUUCCCCAGGCCGUGGCUGGGAGGUGACAAAGUGCUGAGCUGUGUCCGUGGGGACGCUGUGACCCGAUGUCACCCUGGCUGUUGCUGUCACAGGUGUUGUGUUCUUGGGGUGUUUUGCUGUCGUUGUGGUCGGUGUUGUCCCAGUGCUGACAGAGCCUGGCCAGUGGUUGCCUGUGGACCCUCGUGAUGUGAAGCUGUGUCGGUGUCGUGGGUGCUCUGGGGACCCUCUGUCACUGAGCUGUGGGUGACGUGAGGUGGCCGAGGAGGGGUGGCUCUCCUGGACCCUGGCAGGUGACAGAGUGUCCUUUGUGGUUGUGCUGUUGGUUUUGUGGGGUGGUCCCUGUGCCCGGGGAGCUGCUGGAGGAGUCCUGGGUGCUGUUUAUGGUGGGCAUCAGGGGUUUGGGUGCCACAGGCAGGCUGGGCUUGUCCCAGGGCUGUGUGUGACAGCCACUGAACCCUGCUGGGGGGAGCUGGACAGACACAUGGACACGCUCUGAGAGGAGGAUGUUGGAGGAAGGGUGGGCAGCCAGGGGCUGUCUGUGCUCUCAGUCCUGUGUUUCCCCCUCCUGCCAGGGCUGCUGCUUGGAUUCCAUAGGGAAUGCGCAUUUUCUGUGAAUAUUUUUGGCAGCCAGCCUGUUUGAGAGCUGCUCCAUGUGAGCCCUGGCUGAGUCCAGAGGGAAGAGCUUGGGAAGCGAGCAGGGGAUGUGCUCCAAACCUCAGUGCCCCCGAUCCCAUCUGAGGCUUGUGCCUUUGGGUGGUGUUUUGAAGUAGAUUUGGGGGCUCAAAGAGGUGGAUUUGCUCACCCUGGCUGUGAGUGGGAGUAUUCCCACAUUUUAAAAUCUCCAUGGAAAGGCUUUCUUGCAGCUCCCCUCUGAGGUGGGGCAGAGCCAGGCUGCAGCAGCUGCUCUGAACUGUAUUGAUUGAAAAUCCAGUGUCUUGAGGAAGGGAGCUGUGCAUUUUCCUGCCCUAAAUGCCUGGAGUUCCCUUUUUCCCCUUUAGCAUAAGAUCCUGCAUGUUUCAUUUGUGUGAGGAAUUGUAGGGACAGGCAAUCAGUGAAUAAUUGUCCCUCCUGAAAGAGUCUGAAUUUGAUUUGCACUUGUUCCACCCAGGAGAGCUGGUGUGGAGCAAAAGCUGCUCCGGGAGGGAAGUUUUGCAGGAGCCUUUGCUUGUUUGGGCUGAGGCAGCGCUGGGUCGAGCUCAGGGCAGGAUGAAACCCCACAAGCCAGGGCCGGAUCCAUUCCCUGUGUUUGGAUCGCCUUUAUCCCCCUUUGCAGCCAGACUCAGAUUAGGAAGGGGCAGACGGGAGGCCCCGGGGCUGUUGGGUGCCGCAGGGUCGGAGCAGCACCUGGGAAAGCUCCGUGUCCCCUGCCCGGGACAAUUCCAUCACCCUCGGUUAUUGUUGUAACCCAGGUUAUUCUCUGU